UUUGUGAUGAUAUUGGUGAAAUGCCACCUUGUCCUCUGGCCUGUGGCUUCCUGGCUGUGACUCACCUGUGCUGUGGUUUGUGAUGCAGUGCCAAGUUAUCAAGUCAUUUAAUAUUAUUGCUGGGCUACAUCCCCUUCUGGGUGGGAGAGGUGUUUGGUUGGGUUCUUUUCUCUUAUUAUGUGCAGAGUAAGCAGGGGCAGGGUAAUGACAGAGCAGCUUCAGCAGUUAAUAUUGCUUAAUUUGAUUUAUGAAAUCCACAAAAGGCCCAAAUGUGGACCUUCUGGAAAGGGUGGAAGUUAAGUGGGAAGCAUGGCAUGUUAUCUAAGUGGAUGGCUAACUCCUGUCCCUUAAGAGCGAGGAGAAUCCACUGUCAUCAAACUGAGACACAAAAUGACUUCAGAGCCCAAGUUCAGUGAUGAGAUGGCUGCAGGGUUUGGCCUCUUGGAACCCUGUGAGCUGAAUCUCUUGGUUCAAUGUCGAGCCUUACUGCAAAAGCCUUAUUGUACUAAAAUGUGAAAUAAUUCCCUAUUGUAAUACCUGUUCCACUAUAAAACAAAACAACCCAACAAAAGCCUUUAGGUGGGAAGUCAUCAGGCUUUUUUUGUGUAAGGGCAGUACAGCCUAAAGCAGAAACAUUCAUGCAUUGAAUGCUUGAAUCUAUUAAAAGGCAAAACUAAUUAUAAUAAUCAUUUGAAACUUUAUGUAAGAUAGGUCUCAUCUAAGGUAGGUCUUUAUAGGACAGUUUUAAUACUCAAAUACUUUCAUUAGAAAUGGUUGAAAAAUCAGAUUUUUAUUUCUUCUUAAGAAGUCCUGCUGCUUUUAAAGAGGGUUUUCAUUCUGACUUAGAAUUUUGAGAAUUCUAAAAAAUGAAGAAUUUAAAAAAACUUCUUUCAACUGCAAUUUCUUACUAUUGAAUAACAGCUAUUUUUAGUGAUUUAGUGCAAUAGCCAGCUUCUGUGCUAUUUUUGUAUUUUCCUAAUAGUACUAGGUCCUUUUUGUUUCAUAUGUUGAAUGCUGUUACAGAAAAAUAAUGGGAAAUUGCUAUAAAAUUAAAAAGAUAUCAGACUUGAAAAUUUUAAUGGGGCUGUUUAAAGACUUUUGAAAAAAUGGUGUGCAGUUAUUUUUGUAAAGCUUGUGAGAUUCUAACAUAAUUUAAUUGAAAGCAGCCCUUAAGCUAAAAAAUGUUUCCAUAGUAAAAGCUCCUGCAGGCUCUGCUGACCCCUUAACAUCCUCUGUGCAAUGAAAUAAGAGAGAAGAAAAGCUACAAGGUGUUUUCUUUAACUGUCUCGAGUGCCUGUGAGAUCCAUCCUCCACUUCAUGACUGUAAGUUGUAGUGAACUUGGUGAAAAUCCUUGCUGUUGUGCAUCUGACUGGAGAAGCUGGUGGGGGCUGGAACUACCCCAGGAGAUCCCUCUGUGUGCAGUUAUUCAGACCUUAUGGAGGUGGAUAAUGACUCUGGAAUUUCCCUGUGAUAAAAUGCUUGACCCAUCUCCUUUUUUCUCUAAAUCACUGUGGUGUUUAAAGAAAAAAAAGAAAAAAAAAAAAAAAGAAAAUCUAAGUCUUUGUGUGGCACAGAACCAGUGCAUCAUUUGUGCUUUUGAAAUCAUUGGGAGGUGGAGCUGUGAGUCAAUCUACACUACUCUUCUUCCUGGCCACAGCUGUGGUCCAGGAGCACCUACCAGCUGGGAGACACACAGACUGGAGCCUUACAGUGGUGCCUUUUAUGAAACAAAGACACCCAUGGGAUCAUCAGCCUAUUCACCUUUGGAUCGGUUCAUCCGCGCAAAUCCGCACAGGAAGGUUGGAAUCAGGAGGAGGAAUCAUGAAAGGCCACACAGUGCUGAAAAUGAGCCAGAAGUGCCUCAGUUGUGCUGGCUUUCUGUAAAAAUUAUCGGCAUGAGAAAUCUCCGCAAAGCAGACCUGUGGAGCCAAACUGAUUGCUAUGUCAAGCUGUGGCUGCCAACAGCUUCGUGUCAGGAAGCCCAGACCAGAACUGUACACAACUGCAGAAACCCUGUCUGGAAUGAAACUUUCCACUUCGUGAUACAGAGUGAAGUAAAGAACAUCCUGGAGCUGACAGUCUGUGAUGAGGACACUUUUACACCAGAUGACCACCUUAUGACUGUUCGCUUUGACGUGGCUAAAAUCCAACCUGGAGAAAAAGUUCACCUGAGUUUUGAGUUGAAUCCAGAGAAUCAGGAAGAACUAGAAGUGGAAUUUCUACUGCAUAACAUACCAGGUGUAUCUGAGAAGAUCAUUACUAAUGGUGUACUAGUGUCUCGUGAAGUUUCCUGUUUGGAAGUACAUGUGAAUGAAACAAAAAUGAAGAGUUCUUACAAAAGGAGAGAUUUCACCUUCACAAUGAAAGGAUCCUGUGAAGAAACCCAGGAUAUUUCCAUAGGUCCUCACUCCAGACCUGGAAGCAGUGAAACCACCAGGUUCCACUACAUCAAGCACAGUCAGCCCAGACUGCUCAUGACUCUGCCAAAGGAGCGUUUUCUCUGUUGGCCUGGCUCAGGUAGGAGGGAGUUGGAUGUAAGUAGUCCUCUGGCUGUGCCUCUCCAUUCUCUGGACUUGGGAAAGAAAGUGACAGUGAUGAGAGGGGAAUCUUAUGAGGUGUCUGUGAAUGAGGAAAAUAGCUGCAAGGAUCUGGAUUUGCGGCUGGGCUUCGAUCUCUGCGCGGAGGAGCAGGAUUUCAUCCGCAAAAGGAGGAAGGUGGUUGCUGCUGCUCUGAAAAACGUUCUUCAUCUAGAUGAAGACCUGCAGGAGGAUGAGGUGCCCGUGGUGGCGGUGGUGACGGCGGCGGGGGGAGUGCGGUCCAUGACAGCGAUGUUUGGCAGCCUCCUGGCUCUCCAGGAGCUGGGUGUUUUGGACUGUGUGACAUACAUCAGUGGUUUAUCUGCCACAACAUGGACCAUGUCAAAGUUAUAUGAAGAUGCCAAUUGGUCACAAAAGGAUCUCAGAGGGCCAGUUGGUGAUAUCAGGAACCAUGUGACCCAGAGCAAGCUGCACUGUUUCUCUUUGGAUCAUAUGAAAUACUAUGAAAAUGAGCUUUGUAAGAGAAAGCAAGAGGGGCACAAGGUGUCCUUCACAGAUUUAUGGGGACUUUUCAUUGAUUGUAUGCUGCAUCAUCAGGAAAGUACUCACAAACUCUCGGAUCAACAGCUAGCAGUCAAUCAGGGGCAGAACCCACUCCCCAUAUACCUAUCCCUCAAUGUCAAGGAUGACUUUAGCACUUUGGAUUUUAAAGAGUGGGUGGAGUUCACACCUUAUGAGGUGGGUCUCCUGAAAUAUGGGGCCUUUGUUCGUUCCGAGGAUUUUGGUAGUGAGUUCUUCAUGGGUCACCGGAUGAAGAAGAUCCCAGAAUCCCACAUCUGUUUCUUGGAAGGCACAUGGAGCAAUAUAUUUUCCCAGAGUUUUAUGGAUGCUGUCUACCUCUCGGGUCAUUCAGAACACUUCUGGCACAGAUGGACUCGAGACACUGAGCAUGACAUUGAGCACCAUCCUGCUCUGCCCCAGAAGCCUCAUGAGCAGACAACCUGCUUAUCCAUCCCCAAAGGCUGCCUCUCCAAAACUCUUCGAGAGACGAUGACCGGGCGGCCAGUGGUUUCAACUUACCACAAUUUCCUCAAGGGCUUGCAGCUACAUAACAAAUAUUUGGAGAAUGAGAGCUUUUGCAUGUGGAAAGACACAGUGCUGGAUUCUUCUCCCAACCAGCUGAAUGAAAUGAGUGACUACCUCAAGCUGAUAGAUACAGCUUUCUUCAUCAACACCAGCUGCCCACCCAUUCUGAGGCCAGCGAGAAAAGUGGAUGUCAUUCUCCACUUAAAUUACAGUGGAGGAUCACAGACUCUGCCACUGGACCUAUUCUCAGAGUACUGUUUGGAGCAUGGGAUCCCAUUCCCCAGCACAGAGCUGAGCCAGGAAGACCGGGAGCACCUGAAGGAGUGCUACGUGUUUGAGGACACCUUAGAGGCACCAAUCUUGGCCUAUUUCCCAUUGGUGUGUGAUACCUUCCAAAAAUACAAGGCACCGAAUGUGGAGCGCAGUCCCGCAGAGAUGGAGCAGGGAAGAGUGGACGUGUCCAACUGUGCUGCUCCCUAUGGCACUGGCCUCCUUACGUACACCGAAGAGAAUUUCAACAAGCUGCUUAACCUCUGCAGCUACAACAUCCUGAAUAACAAACACCUAAUUCUCCAGGCUCUGCGAACUGCAGUGCAACGAAAGAAGCAACUUAAAAACUAUUCCUCACCUAAUUUGAGCAAACACUCUUAAACUGUAUUUAGGAAAAAAAAAAAAUCAUCAGAAGGACAUGCACAAAUGUUUUGGUGCUGGACUAAUAAAUAUUCACAGAUGUUUGUGAUGGCAACAAAAUUUGUGAUUCCAACUCCUUUGACUUCUGCAACAGUGAGGUGUAGCAGCUGCUGCAGUUUUAUUCCCACUGCCAUCCAAAUAACAGGGUACUUGUCUUAGAAAAUUGGUUUCUUAUAAAAGUAUGUUUAACUGGUCUUUCUUAGAACUUGUUUUCUGAUUGUUGUAUGCAAAAAUAUACAUGCAGAGUAAUAGCUACUAUUCAAAUACUAAGUAGUCAUGCAUAAUCUUAUUAAAAAUAAGAAUUUUAUAGUUGAAAUCAUUGAAGUUUGGGGGGUUUUAUUCAGUUCUAUGGUCUCAACUCAACUAAUGAGUUGUUCUGGGAAAAAAAUUGCUCUUUCUUUUGAUACCAAGAAAUCAAAUAUUGAGUGAACAAUGAGCUUAGUGAAUAACCUUUGAAGAAAGCUGAAAGAAAAGCUGUCACUUCAACUGUGGAAAAUGGAAGGAAACUCUGCUUUCAAGAGUGCAGGUGACUGGAAUGAUAACUCAGGAGAUAACAGUAUAUGUUGUUACCUCUAAGCCAGGCCUUUUCUGUGCAUCAGUUCAUUUAACAGGAGGUAAGACCAGCAGUGUCUGUCAAGCUUUGCUGCAACAUGAAUCAAACCAGUAAGUAUCUUUUCAUAAGAGGAAAUUGUUGGCAGUAACCUUCGUGUCUCCUUUUCGUAGAUCUAAAGCAGUCAAGUCCAACAACUUUCCUUUUCCUCAGUUACUUGAGAGAUCUUUGUUUCACUAGCCCUCUUUGCAGAAAGCCAGUUUUUCACCUUCUUUUCUUGCCCUUGGUUAGGAUAAUUUGAUGUUAUGUGUCACUAGUAAGACUGCAAUAGGUUUCUGUGAGUAAAGAAGAAAAGGAAGUGUCACUCUGACAGCUCAGUUAUGGUCAUAAAUUUAUUUUUAAACAAAAACAAAAUGGAGGUUUAAAAAUGUGAUUAUUUUCUAUUGCAAAGUAUCUCUUCAGUAUUUUUAAGACUUUCAAGUUUCACUACUAGAGCUCCAGGAAGAAUGGAUAUAAGCAGUUCAGUGUGUGCCUGGUGUAUUCCACCCACUGGUUUUUGGUGGUUACAAUACUUGGCGCUGGGCCUUCAGCUUUACUCACCCAAGGUGUGGUGAUGAUGUGUGCUUUUGGCAGCUGAUCUGGAAAAUUAGGAUGGCUUAGAAUGAGCUGAGGAAAGGGAGUCUGUUUUCAGAAGUCUGGGCCUAUUUAGCAAGCCACUAAAAAAUCUUAGGUUGCCUAAAUGGUCUAGCUUAGCAGCUCAGUAUUUUGAUUUAAGUCAGACAGAUGCUGGUGCUUGUGUUGGGAUCUGGCUCCAGGCAUCUCACACUGCAUGAGAUGAAUGUUUUAGCUGGGAGAGCCAAGCUUAAUGGUCUUGCCUUGAUGGCUUGUCAGCUUUCUCCAAAAUGGACUGAUUUUGUUUCUUGUCUGGGGAAGGAAAGGCAGCUUCUGUUAAAGACCACUGAUGAUGCUCACAUUACAGAGACACUUCAGAAUCCUGCCUGUGAUGUGAUGGUGAAAGGCAGCAUGAAACCACAGGGGAAGAGAUAUUUGUUUGAGUGGCUUGCCAGCUAUUAAUCAAAAAAUAACAAAGGAGACACAUUCAUUAUUACUGGUGGUAUUUUUUGAGGGUGGAUCUGAGGCUUAGGCUCAGUGACAUAUCAGCUGGAUUUUUCAAAUGAUUCAGCAUUGAUGCAGCUGUUCUAUUUAUGAUCCGGGUAGAUCAGCAGCAAUUUCUUUUUUUCUUUUGGUAAACACCUGUUUGUGACCUGUCACACAAGCUCUGCUGAAUGUAAUGUCAUGAUCCUGGAAACAAUUAGCUGUGAAUCUUUGCAGUCUCUAUUAGGGCUCAAACAUUUCUUAGGAUGACUGCAGAUGAAGUUACCCCCUUAAUUAUCUGUUAAAAUGAGGUGGCUUCUUGAUAUUCUGAGAAUUGGUUCAGAAUGAAAUUGGCUCUAGAUUUCCCUGUAGAGGUCCUGGGCUAUGUGUCUUGCCUAAUUAUUGGGUAAUUAGCUGACACAGGCUGGUGCUGGUAUUCCUCACACCUGUGGUCUGUUGGGGUUAGGGCAGUGAAACAGCUGCUUGAAGAGUGCCUGAAGUGUUGAAUGAACCUGGAAAGGUCAGGCAACCUCUGAGUGCUCCUGCAGAGGUAAAGAGAGGUGCUUUUGGAUGCUCAGAUCUAUAGAACACAGGGAGGGGCAGAGAUAAAGGUUUUGAGCUACUGGUUUUUGAGAUGAGGAUUGCAUUUGAAAUUCUGUUGCAACAAAUCUGAAGGCAGGGUUGCAUAUAUUAACAGAUGGGCGAAUGCUUUAGUGAUGAUUUUUGAAUGGAAAAGCAGCACAAUUACUUCAUGUGAGUGAGUAGGAGGAGUGAGAUUUUAUCUCUCCAAAGCAUAUCAAGGACAUGUGGAGUUGCUUUAAUGCUGUUUCUCAAUAGCCUUUUGAAAGCACAAGCCCUCCUUCAUAUAUGUCAUAAUCAGAAUAUUGUCUCAACCAAAAAUGUAAUCCCCCACCCCUCCACCUAGCAUGAUCUCUCUCUCCAAUGACUAAAAGAAUAUAGUAGAGUUUUGAAGAACAGGGGUUUUGAAGGUGUGGUACUUAGAAACAUGAAAAUAAAAUGCCAACAUAUUAAUUAUAUUAAUGUGAAUGCUAUACAUAUAUACAUAUAUAUGGGAAUAUUUUGUUUGGUUUUGGGUUUUGGUACCAAAGAGUUCCUUAAAAUAAAGCUCAGGCCAAAAAUUGCCUUGUCAAAC